AAUCGGACUAGUACUAAUCACGGCCAAAAUUGUACGUGCUCUGCAGGCCCAUCGCAGUCUGGAAACAGCCCUUUCAACCCACACUUAACUCUACCAUUAGUCUCUCUUGUAUGUUUUCACUGCAGUCUGCGUAAUACCCAUGUCGUUAAUUCAACCCAAAGUCAUUAAACUGGAAGCUGGGUGGAGUUUAUGGUGGGAAGAGGGGGAUAUAGCGGGCAGGGGAAAUCCCACCAACCCGCGCCGCCUGAUCCGAUCUUGUAUGUCCGACGUCUAGCGUGCGAGGCCCUUGCAGACCGUGCUUCGCUCCGGGAACUGGUUGUCUGGUUUUGUCCAGUUUCCAUGGUGAAGGUUCAUCGAUCAACGUCCACUCCAAGCGGGGCUACAGCACUUGGUCAAGUCUGUAGGAGUGGGAUUCGCAGCGUGGAGUCAUUUCCGAAUGGCGAGGCUGCAGUUAAUCUAGGUUGGGGCAAGGCGAGGCAAGGCAAGGCGAGGCUAAGUCAGACUGCCAGCUUGCAUUCAAUUAGACCCUGGAGGACUUCGGGAGGUCGUCGCUGUCGUUGUUCUCCGUUUUUUUCUGUGCAAGUCGUGUGAAUUUUGAGAGAAUCCGAGGUUGUGCCAGGAGGCAGAGAGGUGGAGGUGGUGGUAUGUGAAGAGAAUCUGUCUAGCGUGGUCGGUGAUGUUGGGUUUUUGUGUUCUGUGGCUCUAGCUGAGGAAGAGGAGGGAGAGGGAGAGGGGAUGCUUUGUAAGGAGGAGCAACGCCGGAGUGGGUGAUAGCUGCAGAAGUAGUUGGCGGUACUGGAUGAGGCGUGGUGGAGAAAGGUGGCACGCAGCUCUUGCCUCUUGCUUAUUCGACUACUGAGAAGGAACGAGGGGUUAUCCACGAACUGUUCUUGCUACACAGAGCGUGAAGGAUUAGAAAUUGUAGGUCGAGCCGACAUAUUGACGAGUUUGGCGCUGGAAACGUUGGAAUUUCUUUCAUGAGUCAAAUAGCAGAUUCAUCGACGCACUAGAACGCUAGAAUUCUUCGCCAUGGGGUGCACAGUAUCCAGAGAGGGCGCCGCCUUCUCGGAGCGGGACAGGUUCGGUAGCAUGCGGAGGCUCGCGAAGAGCAGCUCUUUCACACAGCUCAGAUCCACGAAGCCCCGUGACUUGCACUAUGAUUACCAUGUCGUGGCACUUACGUCCAGCACCUAUGGCCUCAUGAAACUACUGGAAUCAGAGAAAGUGAACGGGCACUUGGUCUCUGUGAUCGGGGGCAAGGGCUCCGACGCAUCCAACUUCAGGACGAUCCGGAAGUUGGAGGAUACGCCCGGCAGCGAGAAGCCUCCCAAGAAGUGGGCCGACAUGGCCAUGGGAGUCUCCAGGUUCAAGCUGGAGCAGAUUAGAAAGGAACAAAUUGAGGCAAAAUACCCCUUAAAUCCUGUAAUCCCUGAAGAAAAAGCACCGGAAUCCAGUGGAGCGGAGACGAUCAACACAUGGGAGCUCAUGGAGGGACUAGACGAUCGCAUGACCCCUCUUGUAUCCCCCAUAAGGACUACCGCGGUUUCGACGAAAGAAAUUGACACAGAGCUUCUGGACAAUGUGUCAGAUGCUCCCACGCUCAAGACUUUUUCCCGCUCGAGAUCGCUGUCUGCUGUUGAAGGGCUCAAGCUGUACAACAACACAGCUAUUAUGAGACCCGCCCUUGGAGCUAUGGAGUCCUCGUUCUCCGCGUCCAAACCUCCCACCAAAGAAAGGUUUGAGUACUUGGGGGACAGCAUGGAUUUCUCCCUGAGAGUCAGAGGACCGCUCGGAAACGCAGGCGCACCGGUGAAUUUCUCUCAGGGAUUUAGCGGCCCACUUAGUAGUUCAGGUUUGCCAGCAGAAUUUGCACAAAGAUACAGCGGACCGUUGACCAGUGCGGGGUUGCCGAGUGGGCAGGUGAUGGGUUUUCCAAUGCAGGACUUCCAGACAGAGUUUCCAUCGGUUUCGGAGGUCUCUCAUGGUGAUGAGACGACUGACAGCAAUUUAUUCGACCCUGACAGCAAUUUAUUCGACCCUGACAUCUUGGCCACAUUUCAAGUCAUGGCGCAUCCGGAGGAGAGAACGUCCUCCGAAGACGGUUGGUGCCAUGUUCGUGGCAGUGAUGGCGAGGCGUCGACGUCUGGGAGCACCGGCGAUGGAGAUAGCCCCGUCCAAUGGGCUUGCCAUGAUCAAAGCUUGUUCUGUGACUCGGUGAACAUCUGCGAUGGCAGCACUGAUACUGGCCCCUUGACAACAUACGGGCCUCGCAGGUUGUCCUUUGCGAAGGUGGCGCCAGUCGACACUUCGGAGAUUAUCGACCCAUUGUCGCAAUACGAAACGAAAUGCCCGCCCGGUGGAGAGCACCGCGUGGUGCUGUAUCUGACGAGCCUGCGCGGCAUCCGUAAAACGUUCGAAGACUGUCACAGCUUGCGGAUGAUCCUUCAGAGCUUCACUGUGUGGAUCGACGAGCGCGACGUCUCCAUGCACGCCGAGUUCCGGCAAGAGGUGACGGAUCUCCUCGGUGGACCCGUCAUGGUCCCGCGUUUGUUCAUCAAAGGUCGCUACAUCGGGGGAUCCGAUGAGGUUCGCCGCCUUCACGAGGAAGGCAAUUUGGGCCCGCUGCUUCAGGAUCUACCCGUUGUCCAGUACCGCCAACCUUGCGACGGUUGCGGUGGGGUCAGAUUCGUCCCGUGCCCGGAAUGCAGCGGCAGCUGCAAGAUCAUCACUGAAACCAAUGACGUCGCGCAAUGUCCCGAUUGCAACGAGAACGGUUUGAUCAGGUGCCCAGUGUGUUUCUGAUAGAUUAUUCCACACCAUCAACUCCCUCCCAACUUGCGAGAAUCCGACCAGCAGUGAUUGUUCCGGUCAUCAUCAACUCGAGAAACAGUGCAUCCCACCCCAUGGACACAAGGGUGGGAGAGUGUAUAUAUACACAACAAUAAACUGGCUACCUCGUUCUUACAGUUUAAAUUCUAGAGGUUCACCGAUGACAGAAUCCCUAGAUCGACACAGGCUGCUGGAAUACGUAAUUCUAUCACUCAACUUUGAAGCAUGUUCGGUGUCUUUAUCUUUAUACAUUUCUGUACACUACUCCCAAAUGAAUAUGAAACUCCGUGACUGUACACGAGGCCAGACUGGAGACUCACCGGGCAUCUAGACGACGCAGACCUUCUCUCAUGGUUAUGAGAUUAAUUCAGAUUUGCUGAAGACUUAGACUAGUGGUUUAGGCAUCUAUGGGCGAGUAUGUGUGUCGGUGAAACUCAGCAUCAGCAGCCCAGGUAGCAGAUUUUUCCAGCAAUGAAGCUGGAUUUCUGUCAAUUUUGCCGAUUUUUGCGCACCUCUGUUAAUGCCAUCGCAUGUCAAUAUGUUGAAACUUUUCAGGGUUUUUGUGACAAGGCUUGUAGAAUCUAUUUAAUGUUGAGUGGCAAUAGAAAUAGGCUUGUUGGUAGGUUUUACUACUAUUAAUUCUUACGCUAAAAAUAGGCCCCAUGACUGAUGUAUUUUUAUUUGAUUCAAUCUUUACUUAGGCGGUCAUUAUUUUACUUCUUA